UGUUGGUGCGUGUUAGGGCUCUGUCAAUAAGAGAAAACGGUUUGAAUAUUGUUCAAACAUGUAAGCUGUUUUACAUGUAGGUCUGCAUCUUCGUCUUGUACACCGACAACAUUGUAAAGAUACUGGUGUAUAUUUAUUUAUAAGUUAACAUUUAUCCACUUAACAUUCCUUGGAAAUCAUCAUUUCACAAUGCUGCUUUUAAUGUCUGAAGUAAUCAGAAAAUGAUGUGUAAUGUAACCUGACAAAUGACUUCAGUUCAACACUUUUCUCAAUAUGGAGUACCGUGCAGAGACAUGUAUACACACUUGACGGUUGCAGUGGAUUUGGUAAAGGGAUUCUAAUUUUUAUUAUUUUUACCCGGGAAGCGGCAUUCAAAUAUCGUGAUCGAGAAGAAAAAAAAGAAGAAUGUUGUAGCGUUGGGAAUAUAGAUUCACGUUUACGACAACCCAGACAUUAUGGGAUCGAUAGUGUAUUUAUGAAAGAAUUUUUUAAUAUGCUGUGGAUACGAACGUGCUGGUGCUGGUAUUUCUUCGUCUAUAGUUGCUGUUUUUACAUGGUCAACGGUGAAGACGUCAAGCCAUCCUUUCUUCAUGUUCCUGCUGAAUCGCUAAGAGUUCCGCCGAAUUCGUCUGUUACUUUGACGUGUAAGGCGGCAGGGUCGCCACCUCCAAACAUCACUUGGACCAAAUGGAAGAAUGCUGCUGAGAUUCCAGCGUCAUGGGUUGUCUCCCCUGGAGUAAUUCACAUUCAACGUUUUCAACAGGACAACGUGGGACAGUAUACCUGCACAGCUGUCAACAGUCUGGGUUCUGUCAACUACACGACUAACAUAACCAUUUUAAAUGAGCAUGUCUUUGUAAGUUCAGAAACAACAGUGAAAGCCGGUUCAUCCUUAGCUCUUGAAUGUCACGCCUCUAGUACCGCCAAAACUGUCACAUGGAUAACUCCCACUUCAGGUAACUUUACAGUGACAGAUAUCGUAGGUCAGGGUAAAAUCAGCGUGGACGUGAACCACACCCUCCAUGUUGCACGGACUGACAGACGGCACCAUGGACUGUACACCUGUGUUGUGACGGACGAAGUCAGCUCUCUGAUGUUAGGUGUUCAGGUCAAUGUAGAGAGUCCUCCUGUGAUCACCGUUCCGCCCGUGGGUCGUCAGGUUUUGGCGGGAGAACACGUCACAUUCACCUGUGGAGCAGACGGAUACCCUCCCCCCACCAUAGAGUGGUUCAAAGAUCUUCCAAAUGGGUCGCUCACAAACCUGAAGAGGUACACCACGGCAGAGGGCACUAUUGUAAUCCCAAGUGCCAGCCAGGCAGAUGUGGGGAUAUACAGGUGUAUUGCCAACAACACACAGGGCUCCACUGUUGCCAUAGCGACCCUGAAUGUAAUAAUUAAACCAUUCUUCCAUACAAGCAUUCAAGACAAGCUGGUACAAAUCGGUGAUGAAGUCACACUACAGUGCAAGGCUGAAGGAAGUCCAGUACCUGUUCAGAGAUGGGAGAGAUAUGGGAAAACUAUGAUUAUAGGUGGGUACCACAGUUCAGAGAUGGGAGAGAUAUGGGAAAACUAUGAUUAUAGGUGGGUACCACAGUUCAGAGAUGGGAGAGAUAUGGGAAAACUAUGA